CUGGUGGCAUUGGGACAUCCUCGGCCACGUUGCCAGUCCACUUGGUGUUCUUUCCUUCCUAUCAAUCAAGCUUGUUGAAUCUGUCUCAGAAUUUGGGGGGAGUGUCCUAGAUGGGACACUCAGGAAACAGUGUUUAAACCUCUAGAUCCUUCUGACAAUAGAACCGGUUGUUCCAUUGCCGGGAAAAAACACACAUGCAGAUGUUGGAUCAUGUCAAAACUCUUGUCAAGAGUGUGGAUUGUCUCACACAGGACGGAGAUGUGGCUUCUGAUUGUGGUGGCAUAUUUGUUCCAAAGAAAUGUGAAUUCGGGAGGUAUGCCGACUAAAGCAGCGGACCCAGAAGCAUUCAUGAAUAUUAGUGAAAUCAUCCAACAUCAAGGCUAUCCCUGGGAAGAGUAUGAAGUAGUGACAGAAGAUGGGUAUAUCCUUUCUGUUAACAGAAUUCCUCAAGGCCUAACGAAACUUAAGAAGACAGGUUCCAAGCCUGUGGUGUUCCUGCAGCAUGGCCUGCUUGGAGACGCCAGCAACUGGAUUUCCAACCUUCCCAACAACAGCCUGGGCUUCAUUCUGGCCGAUGCUGGUUUUGACGUGUGGCUGGGGAACAGCCGGGGAAACACCUGGUCUCGGAAACACAAGACCCUCUCCAUUGACCAAGAUGAGUUCUGGGCUUUCAGUUAUGAUGAGAUGGCUAGGUUUGACCUUCCUGCAGUCAUAAACUUUAUUUUGCAGAAAACCGGCCAGGAAAAGAUCUAUUAUGUCGGCUAUUCACAGGGCACUACCAUGGGCUUUAUUGCUUUUUCCACCAUGCCAGAACUGGCUCAGAAAAUCAAAAUGUAUUUUGCUUUAGCACCCAUAGCCACUGUCAAACACGCCAAAAGUCCUGGCACCAAAUUUUUGCUGCUGCCGGAUAUGAUGAUCAAGGGGCUGUUUGGCAAAAAAGAAUUUCUGUACCAGACCAGAUUCUUCAGACAGUUUGUUAUUUACCUGUGUGGUCAGAUGAUUAUUGAUCAGAUUUGUAGCAACGUCAUGUUACUUCUGGGAGGAUUUAACGCCAACAAUAUGAACAUGAGCCGAGCAAACGUGUAUGUGGCGCAUACGCCCGCCGGGACGUCUGUGCAAAAUAUCCUACACUGGAGCCAGGCAGUGAACUCUGGGGAACUCCGGGCGUUUGACUGGGGGAGCGAGACCAAAAAUCUGGAGAAAGGCAAUCAGCCAACUCCUGUAAGGUACAAAGUUAGAGACAUGACGGUCCCCACGGCGAUGUGGACGGGGGGUCAGGACUGGCUUUCAAACCCAGAGGAUGUGAAGACACUGCUGGCCGAGGUGACCAAUCUCAUCUACCAUAAGAACAUUCCUGAAUGGGCACAUGUGGACUUCAUCUGGGGCUUGGACGCUCCUCACCGUGUGUACAAUGAAAUCAUACACCUGAUGAAGCAGGAAGAAACCAGCUUUUCCCAGGGAGUGUGUGGCAUCCGAUUGUGAAACAGUGGACACUGACAAGUCUCAGAAAAGCCUCAGGGAAGAGGGAACCCUUAAAUGGAGGAUUUUAAGGAUUUCCAGAAUUGAAAACCCACCAUAUGAGUAGGGGAGUGGAGAAGGGAGGACAAAGAUAUAGUACAUAUUCCUUGAGAUUUCCUGUAUUUGACACUAAAACUGACAUUUAAAUUUUUAUCAGCUAAUUAAAAUAUUGAUUGGGUGAA